AUGGAUACGUCUGAGAGAGGGGAUUAUCAUUUGUUAGAAGAGAGUAAGAGAGAGGAUAGUGAAAGCAGAGAAGACUUAGAGAUAGAGAAUCGGAAAAUUAGAGAUUAUGAGGAAGAUAAGAGAAAUAUUUUCUGGAAAUAUCAAAAGAAUAAUAUCUGUUCUAAUUCUCAUGAUAAUUAUAAUGAGCUAUGUUUAAAAAUAAAUGAAGAACUAUACCAGAUUGAAAAGAAAUUUGGAAAUGCAAGAUUCCAUGAUAAUUUGGAAAAUGCUUAUAAUUCCUUGGAUCAGAUAUAUCAAAUCGAAGAUUGUUUACUAAAAAAUAAUCUUUUUCGGAAGAUUAUCUCAGCAAAGAAUCAAAAACUAUUCCAAACGAUAGAAAACAAUCAUGAAAACAUGCCUGUUUUUAAGGGACCCAAUUUAAGAGGAAAACUAGGAGAUCAAUGUGCAAGAAAAUAGAAAAUUGGUGAAUACUUUUCACGCCAUAGAAAAUGAAGAACCAAAUGGGCAAACUCAAAUGAACAGUAACCUCAAAGAUGAAGAGUAUUCUUUUGAAAAAGUAGUUUGAGAAAAAUCUUAUGGUCUCAUCUAUCUCAAUGAAGCAAUUGACGACAUCUUAUUAUUUGCUAACGAUAAUGAUCCUCAAGGAUUACAAUUUGAUGAUAAACUUGAUCAGUGAGACUCUUUUUUCGAGAAUUAUAAGGAAAGGCUAAGAAAUUCAUAUGGGCAUCAUUCUGAUCAGCUAGAAAAAUUAUUUCUAGCAUUUUGAAGCAAAUUUAAAAAUCAAUACAGAAAGGAAAUUUUGAAUAUAAAUAAAGCUAAUGAAGAAGAAAUCAACUCUUUAGAAGCAGAAAUUAAAGCUCUAAAAGAAGAUAACAGAGUCAAAAAUGCUAAAAUUAACCUAAUGCAAAUAGAAAGAGACAAUGCUGCCAAAGAGUAUCAAUUUUUACGCAUGAAGUUUACUAAUGAGAUUAUGACAUACUCAAUCGAAGAACUAAAUAGUCUCUCAUCAGAAAUCCUCAAUAAGGAUAUUUAUAAUGAAAAUGAUCCUCAAAUUGAGCUGAAGCUCAAAGAUCCAAGAUAUUUGGAGUUCCUUAGAGCAAUUGAUAAGAGAAUACCUGAUGCCACAAGAUUGUAUAUUGAUUAUAUUCCGAACAAUCAUGAAGAUGUUAAAUAUUACUUGGAGUAUUACUUCCCAGAGAAAGUUGAAGGAAUAUCUUUUAACUAUGGAUCAAAUGAAACUCUUCUACUUGACAAUUAUGUCAAAGAAUUAGUGUCAAUCGCUCCAAAGGUGCAAAAGCAUAUGGAACUCCAUAAUUUUGUAAUGAGCCAAGAUGAUCUGAUGGCACUACUUCCGAGUAUAAAGCAUCUGACCUGGCUUUCUCUGAAAAAUGGUAAAUUAAGCGUUCCUUCAGUUCCUGAUUUCGGAUAUAUUCUUGAUGGAAGCAAGUUAACAGGACUCUCUUUAUCUUACUUAAACAAGAAUUUCUUUGCCAAUCAAGGAAGAGAUUCUUCAGAGUUUGAAAACUUAAUCGAAGGCCUCUCUAAGUCGGGAGACUUUAAGUCAAAUCUAGAAACUAUUUUGGUACAUCAAUGUGGAAGAUCAAAGAAAGAAAUCCAAGAUAUUUUAUCCAGACAUGGAUUUGAGAAGGUUUAUGUUGUUGAAAUAUAAAAAGUUUGAUU